UCAGCCAGUCGCUUACCGGCCGUCGGAGGAGGUGCAUCGCUGCCGGCCGCCGUUCCCGCGUUCGAAACAUCGCACCGGUCCGGCUUGUUUGUAUAGGGAUGUUUGUUCCUAGAUAGUGCGCCCCACAAACCCUGAAUGGAAGGAUUUGUAGUGCUGUGAGACUAAGUGUGGACAACAUUGGAGCAUAUUUAUGUGAAAGUGUUGUGUCGUUUGAUGGUCAGUUACGAUGUUGCAAUACUCACGGUAGGCGGAUGUGGCUAAUGCAGUUAGAUCUGUUUGAUUGGCAAAAGUAAACAUGUGUAUGACAGACGUUAUUAAAGCUAUGUUGCCGUCUGCCGACGUCGCUUUAAUGGAACGUGUAUAACAAACGUUAUAAUUGGGACAGAAACGUUAAAUGACGGUUAUUUGAUAUUUAUUGAACAUAAAUAUAAAGUGACAAAGGAUAAAGUUUGCGAAAGGAAAACAAAUUCGUUGGAGGGAUUUGCGAAUAAUCCAAGGAAUAAUUUCUGCAUAUAUAUAUCCCAGACCUGAAGGCCAAAAUUAUAAUCGAUGCCGUCGCAUUUCGAAAAACGUUAAAAGAUAACUUGAAAUAAGACUGCGUAUGGCCGAAAGAUACAACAGGAGUCCAAUUAAAGCGUCGUCGUACGCUGUUUGGACAUAUAAAAAUGGUUUCAAUAGAAACGACAAAUACAAGCAAGCUCGUGACUUGAAUGCUGACAGUGAGAGAGAAAAGCAAAAUGUUCUUGGAAGUACAGUUGCAGAAAACAAAAACUCAGAGUACGCAGACAGACUCAGCGACAGAGUUAUAGCGGAGGUAACUGAUUCACUAGAAGAUACAUUAGAAGAUGAGGAGGUUAGAAAAAACGUAUGGAGCGACGUGGACGACGAACUUUACAUAGCGAAUUUAAUUAAAGAGAGGACUUCAAAUGAAGUGAAACGCGAAAAACGUGAUACUAGUGGUUAUUUAAGUGAUAGUGAUAUCAGUGAAAAGGUUGUGAGUAGUGUUAAGUUAGAUUACGCGAUGUGGGAGAUAGAACCCACAGAUCUGACGGAGUGCGACUGUCUUGGACCUCCACCGGAGUUCCUGUUGCCGCCACCGCCUCGACCACCGUUCCUGCAAGCGGAGUACUAUUGCGGGGACGAUCCUAUUCCAGAUUUGGAGACUUGCGACACGGAACCAAAGAUAGACGCAUAUAACCACAGUGGACCAUCCCUGCAGACGUCAGCGGUGAUCGCACUGUGCUCCAUAGUGCUGCUCGUAGGAGUUCUCAUCGGUGCCAUCCUUGUUUGGAAACAUAAACGGAAAGUCACCAAUCUACUCCCGUCGAAGUCAUCAGCACCAACACAAGGCAGUGGCUCCCAGCGCAGAGCUCCGCCACCAGCUCCUCUAUACGAAGACUUGCAAGACCUUCCCAGAAGACCACCUUUACCACACAGACCUGAACUAGAGCCACAGUUGGAGAUGGUUGAAACAAAACGACCGAACUGCCCGAGCCGAGUGUUUGUCUGCGGUGCCGGUGGUACAUGGCGAGGUGGCAACAGCUGUGGUGGUGACACCUGUGGGGCGCCACUCUACGAGGAGUUGCCCCAUAGAUCAGACGACUCCUUACACAGUGACGACCACUUCGCUGAAGACGAGCUCAGUCUUGUCGGAGAAGCAGCGCCUUGUCGAACCUGUUCUCGACCACCAGCUCCACAAUCGCUUCCUCAUCGGCCUAGACAACAGCGAAUGGACAGAAGACCUAAAUCUUUGGAAAGACGACGAGCGCAGCAUAGAAUGCAGCGUCACAUCCAUCCACCCGGACCACCUGAUCCUACGGAGUUCCACGAGGGUGUUCUUCUGGAUGCUUUAUUGAGACUGUAUCCCCAAGUUGGAACGGUUGGUGCGAGACCGCAAGGACCGUUACCAAUGAGUGCUGGCGGAGCAUGGCCUGGCGGUGAACUGCCCGGAAUCGCCUGUUGGCGAGGACCACGGGCAUCACCGAAGCCCCCGAGUGGAGAUUCUUCGUUCGGCUCCGAUUCUGGUUAUAGUAAUAAUACGUGCGGGACAUGUGGUACUAGGGCAUCGUCCAGACACCGAUUGUCUGCAGAAAUACCGAUGUCAUGAACGGAAAUGUCGUGUUCUCGGCUACUGAUGUGACGGUGCCAUAACAGUUCCAGUGACGAAGUGAAUGGUGAAGAAUCAAAGUUAAUGUAAUCAAUUUUGCAUUUAGUAGUUUUACUUUGUCUUUCACGGCCUAACUUAUUCAGCGGCCUCAAUUCUCUCAUGCCUUCUGAGACGGUGAACUUAAUCGUUGAAUAUUAGUUACUGUCGAAUAUUUAUGAACCUUAAACGUCUUAGGGACUACUUUUCUACACGAUUGUACAAAAUUUAUUGCUUGUUAGGAGGUCUGUCCCUGUAGAUUUUAGCGAUACGAUAUUUUGAUGAAAUCGUUAUUUUUAUUAGCUGGUAUAGCGAUGGUUUUGUACAAAAUUCAUGUGACCAUAUUUUUAGGUAGCUAUAGCGGUUUCGUCCUAGUAAGUUUCGAACUAGUCCUUAAAUUAUCACAAUAAUUGUGAACCUUAUCAAGUUAAUGAUUGAUCAUGUGUAAAAACAAUGGAGGGAUAAUGAUGUAAAUGAAUUUCUGAAUUUGUAGAUAAUGUACAAAAUUGUAGUUAAAUUAAUUAUUUAAGAAUAGUAAGUUGAAUUUUAUAAUCAUAUCAUAUUAAAGGUACCACUUCUCAUUCAAAUAUAUUUAUCACACCGUUUUUUUUUUUGUUUGGACUAACUCUACUAUCUGAUUUUGUAAUUUGGUGCUAAAGUUAAUGUAUCGAAUUCCUAUCCGUCGAUUUGUUUUUACAACUCUAAAAGUAUUUCGACUCUGCUGCUUUUUUAGCUUUUUAUUUAGUCUGCUUUUAUAUUUCUACGUUAACAUUUCUUUCCCUAUCGUAAACCCAAGAAUUUUGUUUGUAUUGUAAAUUGAAAAUUAUUGUAUCUACCGUACGUAGUCGGAAAAUUGUUUUUGUUUUUAAUUCUGUUUAUUUAAUUUAAGUAAUAACUAUUUAUUUUAUUCGAUUUUAUUGUUUCAUUUUUGUAUAGUAUCGAGAGUUGCAACAAUUAUGUAAUUAAAUUUCAUGGGACAAGAUGUCCGUUUAAUAAAUAUUGAAGAGCACAAUAAAAUGAAAAAUAAAUACAUUUUUAAGAAA